GCUCCAGGAGGGGCUGAGAUGAGUGCUGAGGAUGGGAAGAAGUGUGGCCAUGCUCCCCCGUCAGGGGACAAGAAGUCUAAAAGGAAACCAAAGAGAAAGGAGACCUAUUCAGUCUACAUCUACAAAGUACUGAAGCAGGUGCAUCCCGACACUGGCAUCUCCUCCAAGGCCAUGAGCAUCAUGAACUCCUUUGUCAACGACAUCUUCGAGCGCCUGGCGGCAGAGGCCUCCCGCCUGGCCCACUACAACCACCGCUCCACCAUCACCAGCCGUGAGGUGCAGACGGCGGUGCGGCUCUUGCUGCCAGGGGAGCUCGCCAAGCACGCGGUCUCGGAGGGCACGAAGGCGGUCACCAAGUACACAAGUGCCAAGUGA